AUUCCAGAGGAGGCGGUUCUAGAGCACAAGAAAGAGUAUUUGGAACGAACCAAGCGUACCGGGGUACAAAACUAUAAGCUUUGUAGGCAGCUCGCAGGGAAGAAGACAUUGCUUUACGCUCCGCUCAUGGAAUGGUAUCUCGACCAUAGCCUUGAGAUCACAGCGGUGCAUCGAACCAUCGACUACAGGCGAGAGAAAAUAUUUACCUGGUUCGUGAACAGAGGGCAGGCGCAAAGGAGACGAAGACCCAGACAAAGCCCUCCUCGCAGAGGUUCAAGUUGUUGGGAAACAGCGCCUACGGAAAGCUAAUCGAGGCGAAAGAAAGACAGACAAGGGUGAUAUACACAAGGGACCAACGUGUAGUGGACAAAGCAAAACGUCGUGUGGUUCGAUGACACGGACGAGAUUGGCGUCGUGUUCGAGACACUUUCGAAAGGAGAAAGUGACGACCAACAGGCCGUUCCGGGUGGAACUGGUGAAGCUGCGAAUGUUACAGUUUUAUUACUAUUGUUUGGACUAUUACAUCGAUAGGAGGGAUUUCGAACUCAUACAGAUGGACACCGACAGUAUGUAUCUGGGGUUCUCGUGCAAAAUGCUCGAAAAACCGGUCCGGCCGGAGCUUCUCGAAGAAUUCGAAGUGACAAAAAUAUUUAGUUCGCAUGGGAUAAGUGAAGCAAUCACACACCGGGCCUUUUCAAGAUGGAGUUCCAAGGAGCCCGUAAGAUCGUCCUCUGCAGUAAUAGAGAACGAAGAGAAGAGCAAAGCCAAGCUGUCAUCGAAGUGCGUGUCCAAGCGGCAGGACAAGCUCACAUGGGACCGAUAUGAGGCAGCGUUAAACGGAGUGGAGGACAAAGCCAAAAACCGGGGUUCAGGACGGUGA